CAAAAACUUGACAGACAAAAAUCCGUUCUUGGUAUUCAACAUCUGUCAAGACUCAAAAUCACAACAAAAAUCGAGGAAAUAAUAAUAAAUUAUACAGCAGCCUGCAAAAUCUCUAUUUCAAAAUUCUCAAACCCUGCAAGCAUUUUCUAUUGAAUCAGUGUAAUUAUUUUAAAAUUCAAAUUGAGUGUAGAAAAAAAAUGGUUUUUCUUUUGUAGUGAUGAUCAAGAUUUAGUGGGAAUUUCAAGAAAUUGGUGAAGAGAGCUGAUGUUCAGCUGAAAACAGGUUGGAUUUUGGGGCAUAUUUAUUGAGUGAUGAAAUGAUCAAGGGAAAAAAUAUGAUUUCUAGGGUUUAUUCUUCAAUUUUCAAAUUUUUUUAUAGGGAAAUUGCUUAAACAUGUGUAAUAUAGUAGGAUUGGGAUUCAAUUGAUUCCAUAUAAUUUCCAUUUAUAUGAAUUUGGGAAUAAAAUUAGAAGUUUUUGGAGGAGAUUUGUUGUGUAAAUGUCUUCAUCAGUUUUAGAGAAGAAGGUUAUGCCAUCAAGGCAUCUCUCUUGUCUCAUAGCAAUCUCAGUGUUUCUUUUCAUCUCAUCAACACUGUCCAUUAUCGAGUUCCGUCGUUCUUCAGCGCCUAGCCCGGUUUUUCCGUUUACAAGCUUGAGCAAUGCAUCACCGGCUGGCUCGAACUUGAGUAGAGAAGGCGGUAAACAGGGGAGUCGUGUUCUUGAUAGAGCGAAUUUAGUUAGUGAGCUCGACUCACAGGGCUCGUCUUGUGACGUAGAGCGGGCUCUUCUUAGGGUGUAUAUGUAUGACUUGCCUCUCGAAUUUCAUUUUGGGUUGUUAGGCUGGAGGGGGACCGGGGAUCAUCAAAUUUGGCCUAGCGUUGAUGGAGGGAGUGUGAUCCCGUCUUACCCCGGUGGUUUGAAUCUGCAGCAUAGCGCGGAGUAUUGGCUCACUCUCGACCUUCUUGCAUCGAAUGGCGCGAAUGUGGCCAGGCCGUGUAGUGCGAUCAGAGUCAACAACUCGAGAGAAGCUGAUGUAAUUUUCGUGCCCUUUUUCUCGUCUUUGAGCUACAACCGGCACUCAAAGCGACAGGGAAAGCAGAACGUUAGCCUCGACAGGAUGCUGCAGGAACGGCUCGUUUUGUUUCUGAAAGGCCGGAGCGAGUGGAAGCGAUUUGGUGGGAGAAAUCAUCUGAUUUUGGCUCAUCACCCGAAUAGCAUGCUGCUUGCUAGGGACAAGCUGGGGUCGGCUAUGUUUGUGCUCGCUGAUUUUGGGAGAUAUCCGCCUGAAAUAGCGAAUGUCGAGAAGGAUGUGAUUGCCCCGUACAAGCAUAUGGUGAGAACGAUUCCGGCUGCUGAUUCUGCCCCUUUCAGUGAGAGGCCAAUAUUGGCCUAUUUUCAAGGAGCAAUUUAUCGGAAGGAUGGUGGAGCUAUUCGUCAAGAGCUAUUCUACCUUCUUAAAGACGAGACCGACGUGCACUUCACAUUCGGGAGCGUCCAAGCGCACGGGAUCAGCAAGGCGAGCAAGGGAAUGGCCUCGUCCAAGUUUUGCCUAAACAUCGCUGGAGACACCCCCUCGUCCAAUCGCCUGUUCGAUGCCAUCGCAAGCCACUGCGUCCCCGUGAUCAUCAGCGAUGAGAUUGAGCUACCGUACGAGGAUGUUCUCGACUACUCGGAGUUCUGCAUAUUCGUCCGUGCAUCGGAUGCCGUGAGAAACAACGGCUACCUCCUGAAUCUUCUCAGAGGCAUCAAGCAAGAGGAGUGGACCAAAAUGUGGGAGAAGUUGAAGGCAAUUGCCGGACAGUUCGAGUACCAGCACCCGUCACGGCCUAAUGACGCUGUCGACAUGAUCUGGCAGACUGUUUACCGCAAGAAAAUGCACACGAAGCUCGAUGUGCAUCGGAGGACUCGCUACCGCAGGGUCAGGAUCGGUUGUGAAUAGGGUCCGAUCCUCCUCGGACCGUUCUCUUUUCCGAUUGGUUCGAAUCAGAAGUCAUUGCAGGUGAAGGCGCAGUUUCAAAUGGCACGUCCACUUCCUCUAAGGCAACGAGAAGCCUCCCUCCUCCUCCUCCUCCUCCUCCUCGUCUUAGAGCAAGACCGACGCCUCUUGUCGUGGGAACAGUUAUCGAGAGCAGCCCGACACAGAAGAAUACGAGAAGGGUGAUCCGGUAAGUUGAGCGGCACAUCUUUGAGAGUGAGAUAGAUUCUUUGUCUGAAAAUGAGGGUGCUUGUCUGUUUACUUAAUGCCUUAUUUGUACUUGAAAUCUAAUGUUGGAUUAAAGCACAAAGUAGAUAAAAGGGUCCCAAAACAUCUAGAGAAGCUAAAUUCACCCCAAUCAUAAGCAAUGAUAAGGCUGUUUUAGAAGAUUUUGACAGGUUUGAACAAAAAGUUGGUUGGAAAAAGCAUCAACCUUGAGAAGCCAAGGAUCUUUGUAGCAUUGGUUCCCAAACUCCCUAUUCCUUUCCUUCCUCUUUAGACCAUCACUCAAAAAAAACUGCCAAAACCCAGGAAGUUAGCCUAGCGGUGGAGUGAGUGAGCCACACUAGUGCACGACGAUCAAUUCAAUGUCGUAAACUUAGGUUUUUCGAGACUAUUAAAGAACGUAGGUCAUCGGCUUAAGACAAUGUCUAGACUGGUGAAUCUAGGCUCGUCGUGCCUAAUAGAAAUAAACACAGUAAUCACAAAUAUAACAAGACAAACACAAGAAUUGUUUACCUACUUCAAUACAAUUUGUAUCUACGUCUAGGGGUGAUGUUAAGCUAGAGAUUUUACGGUAUAUUUUCGGAUACAAGUUACCAUGAGAGACACCAACUCUAUAUCGAGACUUAAUCCUAGUAACAUUAGGAAAUGAAAUGGGCCUAAAGUAAAAAACAUGUAUUGGGUCUUUACUUAUUCACUUCCUUUCGGGCUCCAUACUUCUAACACUAGUAGAUUCGUCCAAAUAAAAUCCUGAUUGGAUUUAAUUAGGGCAGAUGCACCGUAGAUUAAGGUGUGCACAAAUUUUUGCAUUUAAGAAUACAAGAACUUUGUAGUUAUAUUUUUCAUCCAAUGUAGCAUAUGAGAACCUUUAAUGGGACAAGUGAAUAGCUAUUCUUGGUUUGUUGGAAUCACACUGAAAAAUUAUACCAAGUCACUAAAAAAUGUUGUGUUCCACAUCACUUUCAAAAAUAGUGGCUUGCUUACUAAAGUUGAGAAUAGUGAGCUGCAAAAAAGCUAGAUAAAGUGGAAAAUUACUUAGGACAUGUUGAUAAUAGUAGUAUAGUACACAUAAAAAUCACCCACACAAAAUUACAAAGCAUUAUUUUGCUCAUUUUUUUUUGCAAAACUCUUGCAUUGAGAGAGAGUCUUGGUUACUUGUGCUUAAUGGAUUUCCUUUAUGCUUUUCUUUACUUCAUUCUUUAGAUUGUGUUCAACACUAAUAUAAAUCUCCCUUCAUUCAAACUUGUAAUAGUCCUUCAAAUAAAGUACUCCCCCGUCCUGCUUUAGAAGUCCUAAGAGUUCCAGUUGGGAUAAACUAAUAAAAAAUGCUUUCAGAGUAAGUAAAAAAGUGUUAAAAGUGGGUCCCAACAUCCACUAAAGUAUUUAUUUAUUAUACACUCAGACACUUUCUUAAAACAUGUGUCCGACUCAACCGGGACUCAAAGCAGGACCGAGGGAGUACUACACUUAUAUUUUUUUCCUGUUCUUUUUAUUUUUUGGGAUGGAGAAAAGAUAGAAUUUUCACUAAUCAAUGCAAGACUUUCUUUUCCUUUCUUUAAAUUUUUAUCAUGGUUAAACACUCUCUUUAUUGAAGAAAAUG